AUGGCACACAAUCUCGUCCUCACGGCCCUCGUCGUGGCCGGUAGCUCUGGGAUCCUGUAUACAAUCUCUCUGCACCAAAGUCUCUCACACAGGAUCAAACAUUCUUCGGGCCUCGGACUACCGAACCUCGAGGUGGAGAAAGAGAAGGGCGACGACGACGACGAGGCGACCGCCAUCGAUUCCCUGCCGGCCGAAUUGGCCGAAGAGCCGUCUGCAUUCCACAUCAUCCACGACAUUGCAUGGAAAAGUGUGCCGACAGCAAAGCUUCCAACAGCACUGGCCGACCACCCGGAGCAGUUGUUGAACCGGUAUCUGCGGAGAAACAUGGCAUGCUUUGCCAGGACUCCUCAAGCACUCCUAAUGCGACUCCUCGUGUGGACAAAGUCUACCACGUCGAACUCCGAGCUGGCCAAGGCCGGACAAACAUUCGAUGUCGCGCACAUCCAGAACCUGGACUUUGUCCCGGGAGACGUGGUGUGUGGCAUUUACCGUGUGCAGGCCCGGACGGCGGCCAGGGUUGAAUUUGCCAUGGUGCCUCUGCCGAUCAAAGGAAUGCCCCCUAUCGACGGCAGGCUGGUGACCGGCGUUCAAAGAAGAACAGAUAAGGACACGCUGUUCCUUACGCAAACGGUGCAGUGGAAGCGGCGGGAUGUGGAGGCCGUGUUGCCUCUAGAAAGGAAGCCUGUCAGAUGGCUGCAUGAGCUGGUCAGCUGGUGGUUGUUGGAGACGGGGAUUCAAUGGUUAUUGCAAUGCAAUUGA